AUGGCUGAUACUUUGUGGCAAAGCAUGGUUAUAUUUUGGCCUCCACUCUUUGCAUAUUGGAAAAGUACUGUUGAUGUAGCAAGCAUAGGUGAUCUUUGGACUUUGGCAGUGGUUAUUAUUGUCAAUUUACAUUUGGCUAUGGAUGUUGUUAGACGGUAUUGGGUGACUCAUGCUGUCAUUUGGGGAUACAUUGCUGCUACUUUCAUUGCUGUCAUGAUCAUUGAUGCUAUACCUAAACUUCUGGGUUUCUGGGCCUUCUUUCAUGAAAAAUUGAGACAGAAUCAAAGAGUUGCUGAAAAUCAACAAAUAGAAAUGCUUCCUGUCUCAUAUCAUCAACAAAGUUGUAUACUGAAGAUUGCUUAA